AGCAAAGACAGAACAGGACCUCCAGAUUUCCUAGCAUGAUUGCUAACUCCAUGGCUCUUGCUGAUUCUUGUUACUGUAGAUCCCUUGCUUCUUGGUACAUAUUCCGCUAUUUCGUAUGAAGGAUUUUUUAGCUAUGCUGCAUACGUCGGGACCAGCAUUACGCUUCUGCUGACGCACGUUACGGCGGCAAGCAUACUGAAGUGCGACAUACGCCGUUCGUUGGCGAGUCGCUAAUGGCGCUUCUUUGAAUUUCCAGUUUAGCAGACCCCUACUAGAACCAGCGUGCUAGCGACAGCUAACUAACUCGGAUAAAUACAUCAAACGAGUGGUUGCUAGCCAUGUCAGCACUCCUCCGGAAACGAGCGAAGCUGAGCUGAGCGUGCCCUCCGUCACAGUAACGUAAUCGCUGAAAGUCCGCCACUGAAAAUGGCGGACUCUCCUCCCCGAGAUGCCAUGGAUAGGCAUAGCACCAGCAGUGCGAGCAGCGACAAUGCUGGUCGUAAACAACGCAAGGAACGGAAGCACCAUAAAGAGAAGCACCAUAAAGAUGACAAAGGGGAGGGAGCGGAAGACACGGAGAAGAGAGUGGAAGAAGGCAACGGGAACCUGGAGGACGAGCAGCAUUCACACAGAGAGGACGAGAAGGAAAAGAAAGAGAAGAAGGAAAAGAAGGAGAAGGAAAAGAAGGAGAAGGAAAAGAAGGAGAAGGAAAAGAAGGAGAAGGAAAAGAAGGAGAAGGAAAAGAAGGAGAAGAGGGACAAGGGGGAAAAAGGGGAUCAUAAAGAGAGGAAGGAGAGGAAGGAAAAGAAGGAGCUAAGAAAGGCAAUGACGCCCAGAGCAGGAGAUUUGUCUAGUCACAGAGGGGGGUUUGAGGCUCCUAGUGGGGAGCUGCGGAGGACCAGGAGUGGGGAGUCGCACUUAGACAGGGUGAAAGAGGAGGAGGAGUGGAGGAGGGAGGGGGAGGGAGUUGAGCGAGCAGAUGGGAGGACAGGGAGAGAAAAUGGAGGGAUGGAGGUGACGAAUGCUAUGGGGGCUGUUGCGACAGGCAUUGGAGGAGAGAGUAGGGAGAUGGGGGAUGCCACAGGUGCAGCAGUGGCAGCAGUUCCGGUGAGUGGGGCGAGUGGGGCGAGUGGGGAAGACGCCACCAAAGAAAGAGAAGGCUCGGGUUUGGAUUCCAGCCAUGCGAAGGGCUUGCCUGUUGGUGACUCGAAAAAUCAUCACGUGGAAGGUUCCAAAAAGGUGGUUGAUCCCGAAGACCUUCUUGCUCUUCAGGAGAGGUACAAGGCUGACCUGGAGGUGAAAGAGGCGAGAAUACGCGAGCUCGAGCAGGCGCAAGUAGCCCUGGAGGGAGAGAGAGCGGGACUGGAGGAGGAGAAACGGCGAGGGGAGGAGGAGAAGCAGCAGCUGCAGCAUCAGACGCGGCACCUGGAAGCGGAGAAGGCAAGACUGGAAGCAGAGAAGGAGCAACUGGAAGGCGCGAAAUCGAGAUUGGAAGAGGAGAGGCAGCAGUUGCAGGGGGAGAAGCAGCAGCUGGAGGGAGAAAAGAGCGAACUGGAGGCAGAAAGAAGUCAACUGGAGGAGGAGGUGGAGUAUCUAUCCCAGGAGCUGGAGAGCGAGCAGGAGAUAGCCGCGGAAGCAGCUGAGAUGGCGCAGCGGGAGUGGGCGGCGCGGCAGGAGGCGCUGCGCCAGCUGGCAGAGGUGGAGCGCCAGCUGGCGAUGGAGGCACGCGAGGCGGACGUUGCAGCCGCUGCCGCCGAUGCUGCUGCUGCUGCUGCGGAAGCGGUGGCGGCUAGUGCUGGUGCUGCUGAUUCCGGUGCUGCUGGUGCUGGUGUUGCUGGUGGUGGUGCUGAUGUAGUGCAAGGAGAAGAAGCAGCAGGCGGGGCAUCUGACGGAGAGACUUUUGAGUCGACUCAAAAGUCAUCUGACGUUGGAGCAUCCGACGGAGAGACCGUUAUCCUGCACGGAUCGUUGGACGCUGAUGCUGCUGCCCGUCUGGCCCAUUCCAUCCGGUCACCUUCGUUUGGAGCACUGGAAGGGGAGCAGACGCCCUCGUUUGAAGCACAGGCCACUGGAGCUGGCGACGCAGCUGAAAGGGGUGCUGCAGCAAGCACCAGCGGCGUGGCAACUGACCCCUCGGGCUACACGUCAGACUUUUCAGGCUUCGACUUGAAGCUUCCUGCCUCCCCAGAUGAGAUCAUGCAGCCUCGGCUAACCCCCUCCCCUUCCACUUCCCAACUUCCACCGCACUCAACCGCUCACACAGCCCCUAAGCCAACACCGCACUUCACCGCUUUUUCGACCUCUAAGUCGUUCUCUGCAGCUGCUUAUGCGGACCGUGCCCAGAACCCCAGUUCUCACCAACCCAGUCGCACAGGCUCGGCAGCCCUGAAGCUGGACAUGCUGGCUCGGAUCCGAUCCGCCACGUUCGUCCUCCGGAACAGCAGCAGCCGCGGAAACACUCCAAGCACCUCCCCCAGGGCCAAAAUUGAACCCUCCAUGAUGGUUCCUUCCACUUCCGCAGGGACUCAAGAAGGGGGAGACAUGGAAGAGCUGCCGAUAUGGCUGCUGCUGCAGCAGCACCGCCAGCAGCAGCAAUUGUUGGCAGCUGCAUUAGCAGCAGAUUCAACAGCUGGGGCUGCUGUCGCUGCUGCUGCCGCCCGAAUCGCCGGAGCGGAUCCUGAUGCGGAUGCGGAUGACACAUCUCAUCCCCUGGUGCACCCCCUGGAGAAGGGGAGGGAAACCAGGGAAACAGAGACUCGGUCCAAGUCCCCUCACUGCAGACAGGUUGGUCGAUCACCCAUGGGCCGGCAGCAAGCGAGUGGCAUCACAGCAGUAUCAGCAGUAUCCACAGCAAGGUCGGCCGCCCAUGGCACUCGCACCCCCUUGCGCCGGCGCUGCCUCACCGGUAUCACCUCGUCCUCCCUGCCGCCCUCCCUCUCUCCAUUCGCCACUGCCGCCUCCCCUCUCUCCUCCUUGUCCACUGAGGGCUUGCGUGUUGGAGCAGCACAGGGACAAGGUAUCGCAGCGGAAGAGGCUCAGCUGUCGCUGUGGCAGAGGGUGCAUGGCACUGGCUUCGUGCAUGUGCUGCUGCAGCUGUCGCUGCACGGGGUGAACCGGCUCGAGGACCGCCUGGGGAGAGCAGAGGCAGCAGCAGCAGCAGCUGCUGGUUCUGGUGCUGGUGGUGGUGGUUCAGCUGCUGCCUCUGCAGGCCCUGGCUUGUUCUCCAGCCUCUCUUUCAGCCGAUUGUUCCUGCCGGUUGCAGCCACAGCCGCAGCAACAGCAGCUGCCACAGCCACAGGAACAGCCGCAGCCGCAGCCACAGGUGCAGGUGCAGGUUCAGGUGCAGGUUCAGGUGCAGGUGCAGGUGCAGGUGUAGGUGCAGCCAACAGUUCGUUUGAAAAACAAGCAGCUGGUUCCAAUAUCACUUCACCAGGUGCGGCCGGCACCGAGCUCUUGAGAUUUGGCGCUGGAAGCAACAGCAGAAGCAGUGGCAGCAGCAAUGGCAACAACAGCAGUGGCGGUGGCAGCAGCACCACCAGUGGCGGCAGCACCAUUGGCAGCAGCAGCAGUAUCGCUGCUCUAGCACUUUCUCUCAGCUCUCGCUUCUCCUUUUCUCAUUGGGCGGACGAAGGCAAGCAGAAGCCCAGCAGUGAAGGCCCAGGCAAGCUCGUGAGCGAAGCUCGGCUGGAGGCUCGGCAAGAGACUUGGCAAGUUGCUUGGAAGGAGGCUCGGGAGCGCGGAGUGGAGCUGUACGUGCUGCAGCUACAGGCGGAGGCUCUUAAGGCUACAGCUGGUGUGCUCUGGGCUGAAGCUAGUGUGGAGGAGAGGACUCUGCAAAAACUAAGGCUGGAGAAAGCAGAUGUAGCAGAAAGGAUGGGGGGGAUAGAGGCCACGCUUGGUGUAGUGACAGGGGAAAUGGAGGCUCUUGAGGGGAGUGGGGGAGGAUGGGAGGGGGGGGAAGGGAUGGGUGGGGAUGCAGGGCGAAUUGGGGGAGCAGCAGAGAACUCAGACGGCGUGGUAAAGACAGGCGGGGAAGUCGAGGAGGAGGAUGGGGUGAAGUCUUCUCCAGACGUGGUAACUGCCCAUGGUGCGGAUGCCUCAAGAUAUGGCGGCAGCAAAGGGGAGGAGACGAGUGGAGAGAAAGGGGAGCAGAAGCACUCACAGCCGGCUGACCAGAAGGUCUCACUGCCGGCUGAUCAGAAGCACUCACUGCAGAAAUCCCGAGAUCAUCUCCUGAAGGCCUUAUCAGAUGCAAGGAAGCAAGUCAAAGUGCUGGACCAGGCCAUUCUUGCCAGCUGUCAUGCGCUACAGGGCAAAGAACAGGAGAGAGACAUGGUGCUCCGGCGCUUGAGCGAUGCUGAGACAAAACUUGCCACCCUGAAGUUAAUGGAAAGUACUGCCACCGACUCUGUUCCAGUGAGUCAGAAGAUGUUGGAGCGUUUUCUCCUCGUUGGCCCCUUUCUUAGCAACCAUGCUGCCAGAGGUCCUCGACUUCUCACCUCCUCAACCGCGUACAGCUCAACCCCUUCCUAGCUAACUCCCGACUUCAUAUAGUUCUGAAACGCAUGAUGCAAUGUUUACAUUAUAUGGUGAUUUGCUGGCCGAUUUUCAAUAGUAGGCUGAACCAGCAUGCAAUUAUUACGAGUUCCUAGCUCUCCU